GGUGGCGGUGUAUUUAGCCGAAUAAAACCCCCCAUUCUUAUUUUCUUCUUCACUCACAAACCCCAAAACUCGUUAAAAAUCACCCCAAAUCUUUAACCCCUCUCUCUCUAUUCCUGUCACUUGUUCAAUCUCAAACCCUAGACGCCGAAAAAAAACCAUUUAUUUGUUGUUUUUUUAUUCCAUUCUAUCAUCUCUGUAGAGAAACCCUAGUUUCUGUGUCCCAAGAUCGGUCGGUUUUGCUAUCGAAAAGGUAAUCUAGGUUUCACUUAUUUAAUUCAUUCGAUUCGUUAAAGUCUGUUGAUUUACAUUCAGAGCCGUGUAAGGAGUCUGAGGUUUUGCGUUAGGGUUUAUCAUCAUCAUCAUCAUUAUUAUUAGAUUGUUAGAUUGUUGAAGUUGUACGAAUGGAUGAUCUGGAAAAGGCGAUACUUAUCAUCUUCGAUGAAUCGGGGACUGUUACAUCGGUAUUGAAAUCACAAGCAGGUGCAUUUUGUCAACAAAUCAAAGACAGUCCAUCAAUCUGUAGCAUAUGUAUCGAACGUUUGUGUUUUUCAAAGCUUGUGCAAGUUCAGUUUUGGUGCUUACAAUGUUUGCACGAAGUCGUGCGUGCUCGGUACUCUGGAAUGAGUACCGAAGAGAAGAAUUUCGUUAGGAAAUCGGUGUUUUCGAUGGCGUGUUAUGAAACAGUUGAUAGUAAUGCUAAUUCGGUUAAGGUUUUGGAUAGUCCGCCUUACGUUAGGAAUAAGCUGGCUCAGAUAUUGGUUACUCUGAUCUAUUAUGAGUAUCCGGAGGUCUGGUCGUCGGUUUUUCUUGAUUUUAUCCCAAAUUUGAACAAAGGUGGUGCGGUGAUCGAUAUGUUUUGUCGUGUUUUAAAUGCUUUGGAUGAUGAAUUGAUUAGUCAGGACUAUCCACGGGCUCCGGAAGAGGGUGUUAUAUCUGGGAAAAUUAAGGAUGCGAUGAGACUGCAGUGUGUUGGUCAAAUUGUUCAUGCCUGGUAUGACAUUGUGUCUUUGUAUAAGAAUUCGGAUUCUGAACUAUGUGCGUUUGUUUUAGAUACAAUGCGGAGAUACAUUUCUUGGAUUGAAAUCGGUUUAAUUGCAAACAAUACUUUUCUCCCACUGUUAUUUGAACUAAUGUUGGUAGAAGGAUUGCCGGAUCAACUAAGAUGUGCUGCAUCCGGUUGUGUUCUUGCUGUGGUUUCCAAACGUAUGGACCCACAAGCGAAACUAACCCUUCUACAAAACCUUCAAAUAAGUCGGGUUUUUGGGUUAGUAGCCGCUGAUGGUGACUCUGAGUUUGUAUCGGGGUUAGCCUCUUUACUUACAGGCUACGCGUCUGAGCUUUUAGAUUGUGUAAAGAAUAUUAAGAAUGGAGAUCUCAAGCGGGCUUCGGUUGAUCUUCUAAACGAAGUUUUGCCAUCCGUUUUUUACAUAAUGCAGAACUGUGAAAUCGACACAACUUUUAGCAUUGUGCAGUUUCUUUCCGGAUACGUUGCCACUAUGAAAACCCCUUCUCCGUUGACCGAAAGUCAACUUUACCACGUGGGUCAAAUAUUAGAGGUGAUCCGAAUGCAAAUCAGAUAUGAUCCGAUGUACCGCGAUAAUCUUGAUGUGCUGGAUAAAGUAGGAAAAGAAGAGGAAGAUAGGAUGGCGGAGCAUAGAAAAGAUCUGCUUGUGUUGCUACGUAGUGUAGGCCGAGUAGCACCAGAUGUAACACAAAUAUUCAUAAGAAACUCGCUAUCAAGUGCUGUGGGGUCCUCUCUUGAUGUUAACGUUGAAGAAGUCGAGGCUGCUUUGUCUUUAUUCUAUGCAUAUGGGGAAUCUUUAAGUGAAGAAGCAAUGAAAACGGGUAGCGGGAUCUUAAGAGAACUCGUACCGAUGCUUCUAUCAACAAAAUUUCCUUGCCAUUCUAACCGGCUGGUUGCAUUGGUGUAUCUUGAUACAAUAACAAGAUACAUGAAGUUCGUCCUUGAAAACAAUCAAUACAUUCCUUUGGUUUUAGCUGCGUUUCUUGAUGAUCGAGGUAUACACCAUUCAAAUGUGAAAGUGAGUCGAAGAGCAAGUUAUCUUUUUAUGAGGGUUGUGAAACUUCUCAAAUCAAAGCUUGUCCCGUUCAUAGAAACAAUUUUGCAGAGUCUGCACGAUACAGUUUCUCAGUUCACAAAUAUGGAUUAUGCUUCAAAGGAACUUUCUGGAUCUGAAGAUGGUAGUCACAUUUUUGAGGCAAUUGGUUUGUUAAUUGGAAUGGAAGAUGUGCCACUAGAAAAGCAAUCAGAGUAUCUGUCAUCUCUACUUACUCCUCUUUGUCAACAGGUUGAGAUAUUGAUUGCGGGCUCUAGAAUUCAAAACUCAGAAGAUUCACCAUCAAAAGUUGCCAAUAUUCAACAAAUCAUUAUGGCCAUUAAUGCACUUAGCAAGGGGUUUAGUGAGCGCCUUGUAACUGCUAGUCGCCCUGCCAUUGGCCUCAUGUUUAAGCAGACACUUGAUGUGCUUCUACAAAUCCUCAUAAUUUUCCCCAAAGUAGAAACCUUGCGUUCAAAGGUUACUGCAUUUAUUCACAGGAUGGUGGAGACUUUAGGAUCAUCCGUAUUCCCUUAUCUCCCAAAGGCUUUGGAACAGUUACUUGCUGAAAGUGAGCCAAAGGAACUGGUGGGAUUUCUUGUACUAUUAAAUCAACUUAUAUGCAAAUUCAAUACUUCUGUCCAAGAUAUUUUGGAGAACGUAUACCCUGUUAUUGGCGGUAGGAUAUUUAGCAUUCUACCAAGGGAUACAAUUCCAUCUGGGCCUGGUAGCAACACCGAGGAAAUCCGUGAAUUACAAGAGCUUCAACGAACAUUCUAUACUUUCCUUCAUGUGAUGGCAACACAUGAUUUGUCUUCAGUGUUUCUUUCUCCUAAAAGUCAAGGCUACUUGGAUUCAAUGAUGCAGUUACUGCUCUUCACUUCUUGUAAUCACAAGGAUCUUGUUGUUAGAAAGGCUUGUGUACAAAUAUUUAUUAGACUGAUUAAAGAUUGGUGCACUAGGCCAGAAAAGGUGCCUGGGUUUCAAACUUUUGUCAUCGAAGCCUUUGCGACAAACUGUUGUUUGUACAGUGUGCUUGACAAGUCCUUCGAGUUCCGUGAUGCAAAUACUGUUUCUUUGUUUGGAGAAAUUGUGCUGGCUCAGAAGGUUAUGUAUGAGAAACUCGGAAAUGAUUUUCUCAUUAAUUUUGUAUCAAAAGGUUUUCUUGCUGCACAUUGCCCUCAAGAAUUAGCAGAGGAAUACUGUCAGAAACUGCAGGGAAACGAUAUGAAGUCACUGAAGUCAUUCUACCAAUCUCUUAUCGAGAAUUUAAGAACACAACAGAAUGGUAGUCUUGUUUUCAGAUAGCAGUACCUCCUCUGACAUUUGAAAUUGAUUACCAAUGCUUCAUGUGUUUUUUCUAUUUGUCGUGGUUUUGUUCUCAAGAGCGUUUUGCCAUGUACAUAACAAAUAUCCGGCUCUUCCAUUACAGCGAGGUGUAAAUUUCCGAAGCAGUUUCUCCAUCAACAAAUCCGAGAUCAGAAGUUUGUGCUAUCAACGGUUACGGUGGUCAUCUAUAUUUUCUAGAUUAAUCCGUUUUGUUAAUUGCAAAUUGUGUUAUGUUCUCAAAUCCUUUUUUAUGGAGUUGAGGGUGAUAAAAAUUUUGGGAACAAAGCAAUUUUUUUUACUGUUCUACCCCUCACCCAUGUGCACAAUGAGUAACUGUGCAUAGGAUCUUCUAGAAUAUUGUUUGUUGGUUAUCAGAUUCGGGUUUGCCAAUGUGAAUGUUUGGGUUAUUUUUUCUUGG